UAACAACUAAGCCACCGUGCCCCCCCAUCCAAAUAUAUAUAUAUAUAUUACUUAAAUUUUACUUAAUAUUUUGCAAACUAUUCUGUAAUUGAGUUCAAACUAGUUAUUGUUUUCUCCCUUGCUCAAUCUGAAUAUCCUUUCAGCACAUAUAGCACUGUUUGCCUUUACUGUUUUUCACCUAUUUACUGUGGUGAAUUAUAAUCCUAUUAUUUGGUGUCACACAAAAGACACCGGGGGUUUUUCUACUUUAAACACUGAAAUGUGCUUGUAAUGGCAGUACAUUUAUGGUAUUAAACCAGUUACAUGGAUCAGAAUUGUACUGAAGUCUCAAGUCUUUUCUCCAGCCAGUUUCUCAGAUAACCAUCAGUUCUCUCAUGAGAAGGGAUACUGCAACAAAAGUAGUACAUGCCACCUAAACAUUUUCAUUUCAAAUGCAGUUUUUCUGAUUGACUCAACUCAAGCCCCCACAAUGACCACAUCAAUAAGUAACAGGAAGCUGCAAACUAUUCGCAAUUCUAUUUUCUUUAUGACCUUAAGAAAUGCAAAAUACAUUGGUGAUUUUUUUAUGUCAUAACCUGCUGACAUGCAUGUUUCGACACCAUGUUUUUUAUCCACAUAAGAAACCACAGACCUACAUCUACUUCAUUUAUUUUCUGCUACACUCUGUUACACGAUAGCUCUAAACAUGCAGCAGCUCAACUCAUCCAACAGCUCUCUCACCGCUUCUGUCUCUACUGUGAACCUGAUUUCCAGUAGUGUGCUGGCAGUUUGCUUCAUACUGGGAGUCCCUGGUAAUAUUGCUGUAAUGGUGCGUCUGUCUGGAUGGCUGAAGAGAAGCAGUUUCACCCCGAGACUGAUGCUAAGCCUGGCCAUAUCAGAUCUACUCACUCUGAUUUCUCUCCCGGUUUGGAUUUGGGCUGUUCUGCAUGAAUGGGUGUUUGACUUGGUCUUGUGUAAUCUUCUCUCUUACAUGAUCUACUUAAGCUUCUACUGCAGCGCACUGUGUGUGAUUUUGAUGAGCAUGCAGCGAUACAUCCAAGUGCUGCAUCCUGAGAAAUGGAAGAAGCUUGGCAGAAAAGGAAAGAAGAUCCUUUUGAGUGGGAUGUGGAUGUUAAGUGCAGUUUUAUCAUGCUAUGGUCUCAUACUAAGCAAUAUAAGCUUGGACAGAGGAGGACGACUUCAGUGCACGCUAAGAUAUCGGAAUAAUGCUGAAAGAGUGCUUACAUUAACCUGGGAGAUUAUAAUAUUUGUGGCUUCAUUCACCAUCAUAUCUUAUUUCUACUUUCAACUUCACAGAGGAGUUAAUAACUCAGCUUUCUUUAGCAGUAACUCAUUGACCAAGCUGGUGACCAGAAUUGUGGUGUUUUUCUUCAUUUUGUGGAUCCCGAAUCAAAUCUCUGACGUUGUGAUCAUCUUUGCUGCAUUGACUGGGAAUGACACUCUGUUAAGAUCUGUAGUAUCUGUAGAGAAUGUUACUACAGUUCUGGUUUUUAUUAACAGUUGUGUGAACCCCUUCCUGUACGCUUUCUCUGCUCGGGCUCUUCCACAGGGAACAGCUUGAACAAAUGAUCAUUAAUGUCUUGGAAAAUAUAGAGGUUUGAGUGAGCUGAUGCACAUCUCUGACAGCCUUUCACAGACAUUGCAUUUAAAGGUACACCAUAUAAAAUUAUAUGAAUCAUUUUGAUUAUUCCUGCAGUCUAUUUUUAUAGUUUUUUCUACAUCAUCUAAUUCUUUUUUAUUACACCUAACAUAUUUUGCAGGUGAAUUUAACAGAUACUGUAUGACUUUUUAAAUGUCUACCUAAAACAUUUGUGUGAUCCUAAAGCAUAAUGGCUUGAAACAAAAAGUAAGUCUUAAAUUAGAAAGUGAUAAAUGUUGCUCAAUCAAAAAUGUGUUCAUCAAUAUUAGCAACAUUCAUUAAGAGUAUAGUUUUGUGAUUGUUAGAUUUUUUGUGUCUCUGCUUUACAUUGCUGAUUUUAUAUAUAGUUUUAGUUGAAACUAAAAGCUGUUUUCUGAACUUAAAAACACUUACAUUUUGAGCUAUAAACCAAAAUAAAGUUUUCUGAUUUUUAAAAAUGCUACUUCUGCACAUUUGUGAGACAACAUGACAGGAACUUGCAGCACAUUUACUGUGAGUUGUAACAUAUUAUAAUUGUACAGGAAUUUGCUUCAGAGCGUAGAGAUUUAAGGCAAAAAAAGACACACACACACACACACACACACACACACACACACACACACACACACACACACACACACAGACACACACACACACUCCCCUACCUACUAAAGGAAGAAAUGCAACAGAUACAGAGCUGAUAAUGAUGUAAUAUUGUCUUCUUUGUAAAUAAAAGAAUCGGAAUUAAACCAUGCAGUAUCUCAAGAUGUUCUACUUUGAAACAAAACCAAAAUUUGUCACUCCAGUCUCACUACAACUGCAAGCGAUAUGUCCCAACUUGAUUGAGGAAGCCUGUGGUGCAUUGGGAACCAAGACCAAUACCCCAAUUCCAUCAUGUGCCACUGGUCCUAGAACUGGUUUUACAUGAAUCUCAUUACUGUCUAUACAUUUAU